AACUAUCGUUACUUAAACAAAACUCCACCGCAUUCUUUCAGACGCCGUUGUCGUCUUGAUCCUAGCAUUUGUAUCCCGCCGUAGUUUUCUUUCUUUUUUUUUUAAACUGAAAAAAAAAAAAAAAAAAAAAAAAGCCUAGAGCACUUAAGUCGUUUAAUUCAAUUAAUACCCCCCCCUUUGUUUUUAGUCACCAUGGCUACUGACGUGGAUCUGCCAAAAAGGCAAAUCACCCCAGUACCCGUUCCUAUUCUCCCCAUCUCCGUUCCCCAGAAACGACCUCUCGAAGAUGACUACGCGCCCCCAGUUUCCUCCCCUCUUAACCCCAACCCCAACCCCGACUUAAAACCUAAUAAGUACCAGUCGCAUGACGACGCGCCCGCCAUGACACGCGAAAAGCCUGCCAGAAAUAAAAAGGAGACGUUAAAGAAGCGAGAGUCCAAAGCCGGAGCAGGCGCCGAUAGCUCUAGAGCGACACCCGAUCCUAAGAUUAAGGAGCUCCCUCCGAACGAGUCUUCGCCUUUGCGUUAUAAGUUAGCACCUCCGAGACCUUCCGACUUCGAAACUGCCCGAGGGCCCGUCUUUACACCCCAUCACGAAGUACCCGCUCCCGACGGUUCUACUAUCCAGUUUUACGAGACCUCCGAACAUGUUUUCAACAAGAAGAGCUUCCAUUACCUGCAUUGCAUAGCCGACCCAGCUUUCCCUUCCUCAUUCUACUACCGACAGACCGAGCCCGAACCCUAUGGCGCCCAUAUCAGCUUCGAAGAUGCUGCCGCACACAUGUACAUGGACCAGUUAGGUCGACAUAUAACGACAGAUAAGGGAUUUAGGACGGCAAGAGCUAAUGUGGCCGUGCGCCAGGGACGUUGGUACUGGGAAUGUAAGAUUACGAGAGGUACUAUCAAAAGCAACGCGGAUGGAACCAUCGAGUCGCACGGCCACGUGCGUAUGGGCUUUGCGAGACGGGAAGCUUCGUUGGACGCGCCGGUCGGUUUUGACGCCUACAGCUACGGCAUCAGAGAUGUACAAGGCCAGAAGGUCCACAUGUCACGGCCUAAAGACUUCUUCCCACCCGGCGAAGAGAUUAGGGAAGGCGAUGUGAUCGGACUCGAAAUCCAGUUGCCGUCCGAGCAUCUUCACAGAAAGGUCGUGCAGGGCCAAUACAAUCCAGCCGUAGACUUGCUCGACGAGGAGGACCCGAUAAUGGAGGCUGCCAACAUCGUGCGAGACCGAAUACCGAUCCGUUUCAAGCAACACAUUUACCUGGAAAAGAUCGACUACCACACGACCAAAGAACUCGAGGACUUGAUGAAUCCGUCGCCUGCAGGGCCCUCAGGCACCAUUGGCAGUAGACCACCCGACAAGCCUAACUCCAACCACCCGGUCCCGGCCCUACGCACGCUGCCUAAAUCCUGCAUCCGCAUAUACAAGAAUGGCGUGCUCAUGGGUACCCCCUUCACCGACCUUCUCGCUUUCCUACCACCGGCUUCCAAACCACAAGCUCAGGUCGGUGCCCGUGAAGGCAUGGAUGACGGCAUGGCUGGAUACUACCCCGCGAUCAGCGUGUUCCGGGGCGGUGCAGCCGAAGUCAACUUCGGCCCGGAGUUCUGGUACCCUCCCCCGGGGUAUCAAGGCUCGGACUCGGACGGAGACGACGGAGACGGAGACGUGGACAUGGUGGACGCGGAUACCGUGACGGUAGCGAUUCCGCCGGCGUCGUCGCCAUCGAAGGGGUCCCUGGACAAGCUCCGGCCCGUGGCGGAGCGCUACGACGAGCAGAUCGUCGAGGACGUGGUCGCGGACAUCGUGGACGAGGUGGACUUCUGGAUGCGGGACGGCGCGCGCGUGAUCGACCGGACGGGCGGCCGCGACGCUAAGGCCGAGACGACCGCCGGCAUAGCCCCCGGCAGAGAGGAGAUCAAGGAGCUCGUCCAGGACGACUAGCAUGCGCUGCGGCGCGGCUCUAAGGUUCCU